AUGGAUCCUACAGCAGCUAAGAGCCACAUCCCUGCACCAGAGUAUUUCGAGUAUACUUCAAGAGACGCGAUUAUUUAUGCUCUUGGGGUUGGAGCUCAGACGAAAACCGAUCUCCGAUAUGUCUACGAAAUGGCCGAAAACUUUCUGCCUUUGCCUACUUUCAUCGUAGCACCAGGUAAUCAUUAUUAUUUUCGAGUUGAAUCUUCAGGUAUCGAGUUUGAUUUGGCACGAAUUCUUCAUGGCGAGCAAUACAUCGAAGUAUACGAGCCCCUGCCCUCAGAGGCAAAACUACGUUCAGAAGCGCGAGUGGUCGACAUUCUCGACAAGGGCUCUGGAGCGCUAAUUCUAUCUGAAAUAACCACUUAUGAUGACAGCACCGGUAAAAAGCUGGCGAUGCAGCAGGUCGGCACAUUUCAAGUCGGCUCUGGGAAAUUUGGUGGCCCGCGGACUAGUGCUCAUGAAAAACCUGCAGCCGAGAUACCUUCUCGACAACCGGAUGCCGUUUUUGAAGAGCAAACCUCUGUUGAUCAGGCGACUUUAUAUCGAAUGGGAUCCGGAGACCUCAACCCACUCCAUAUUGAUCCAACAUUUGCCACCAUGUCGGGCUUCAAAGAGCCGAUUCUCCAUGGUCUGUGCUCUAUGGGAUUCGCUGCUCGACAUGUGAUAAGCGGCUGGGCUGAAAAUGAUGCGAGCAGAUUCAAGGCUCUGAAGGUACGAUUCUCAUCACCGGUAAUACCUGGUCAAACACUCAGGACAGAAACAUGGAAGGAUGGUGACCGAAUCAUCUUUCAAACAAAGGUCAAAGAAACCGGUAAAGUAGUGAUAUCGAGUGCAUGGAUGACGCUGACCGAAACCUCCACAACGCCCACUGUGGUGGAUCGCUUGAAGGCAAAACUGUGA